AUGGAUAAAGAAUAUGUUGAUGCCUACGCACUUAUCGAAAGUAUGGCUCAAAACCAUUAUCAAUGGGGAAGCGAGAGAGCUCAGUCAGAGAAAAAUUCUGUAGAGAAAUCUUCAGCGAAGAGUGGGAUGUAUGAGAUAAGUAGCCUCGAACGCGUUAACGCCAAAGUCGAUGCCCUAACUCAGAAGAUUGAAAACCUCACUAUAGCACCUGUAGCCGCCGUGGCUGCUGUUUCCCCCAAUUGCGAAAUAUGCAGGAUGUCUGGACAUGCUGCCCCCGAGUGCCAACUUUUGGCAGGAGUUUCCCCCGAACCAGUAAACUAUGCUCAAGGAAACCCCUACUCAAACACGUAUAACCCAGGAUGGAAGAAUCACCCUAAUUUCUCGUACAAGAACAAUAAUGCUUUGUACACACCUGGUCAAGCACCCAGUGUACCACCUGGAUAUCAAAAGGCACCAUUCGCUGCUCCUAAUGUCCCUAGGAAGUCUAACUUAGAAAUAAUGAUGGAAAAUUUCAUAGACACUCAAACUCAGACUAAUAAGGAUUUCAUAAACCAGAACCAACAAGCACCUACUUCCGCACCUGCUGGGACAUUUCCAGGAAAUCCACAACCAAACCCAAAAGGACAUGCUCAUGCUAUUAUUCUGCGAAGUGGUAGAGAGAUGGACGAACCGACUGACCCUAGGCUUAAAAACCCUGCUAUGUUCCAAAGCCCUAGGAAGAUAACUGAGGAGGAAAGUAGACCCAAGGAUAAACUGAGUGAUCCGAAAGAGAAAGAAGACAAAGAAGGCGAGAUGGAGGAGAAAGAAGCGCCAUACAUACCUCCACCACCUUAUAAACCACCUAUCCCGUACCCUCAAAGACUCAAGAAAUCUAAAAACAUAGGGCAAUUUAAGAAAUUUGUCGAACUUCUUAAACAGUUAAACAUCACAAUUCCGUUUACAGAAGCCAUUACCCAAAUGCCCUCAUAUGCUAAGUUCCUAAAAGAAAUCCUAUUGAAUAAGAAGAAAUUAGAAGACAACGAGACCGUAACACUCACUGCUGAAUGUAGUGCCAUAAUUCAAAAUAAAAUGCCACCUAAGCUGAAAGACCUAGGAAGUUUUUCCAUACCUUGCAAUAUAGGAAAAUUUGACAUAGACAAAGCUUUAUGCGACUUAGGAGCUAGUAUUAGCCUAAUGCCUUUGUCCAUUUGCGAGAAACUAAACAUGGGAGAUCUAAGACCAACCAAGAUGUCAGUACAACUUGCAGACCGAUCUGUCAAGUAUCCUGUAGGUGUUCUUGAAAAUGUACCCAUCCGCAUUGGACAAUUCUACAUCCCUACGGAUUUCAUAAUUAUGGACAUAAAAGAAGACGUCAAUACUUCUAUAAUCUUAGGAAGACAUUUCCUAGCUACCGCUGGAGCCAUUAUAGACGUAAAGAAAGGCAAGUUGACAUUCGAAGUAGGUGAGGAGAAGGUCGAGUUUAUUCUAACAUAA